UCAUCCAUAUUCACACUAAACUAGAAACAUUCAUCUCCUCCUUCUCUCUUUUUCUAUCUCUCUCUCUCUCCAUAACAGAAAAAUGCAGAAGCUCUCUGCGAUCUUAGUGGUGCUGCUCCUAUGCGCAAUUUCCAAUGGUGUUCUCUCUUUCACUGAUGGAAUAUUACCAAAUGGUCAAUUCGAAUAUGGCCCAAAACCUCACCAAAUGAAAGGGACCAAAGUAAUCGAUCCAAAAGCAAUUCCAAAUUGGGAACUCACGGGAUUCGUUGAGUACAUAAAAUCAGGCCAAAAACAAGGUGACAUGUUGUUAGUAGUCCCCGAUGGUGCUUACGCAGUGAGACUAGGAGAAGAUGCAUCGAUAAAAACAAAAGUGAAUGUGAAAAAGGGGUUGUUUUAUUCUAUCACAUUUAAUGUUGCUAGAACAUGUGCACAAGAGGAGAAAUUGAACGUUUCAGUGUCACCAAAUUCAGAGCCAAAUGAUUGGGGGAUUUUACCGAUGCAAACGAUGUAUAGUAGCAACGGUUGGGAUACGUAUGCAUGGGGGUUUUUGGCUCAGGCUAAUGUCAUUGAGAUUGUUAUUCAUAACCCGAGCGUUGAAAAAGAUCCUGCGUGUGGUCCUCUUAUCGAUUCGGUUGCGCUAAAGGCUUUGUUCCCACCUAGAAGAACCAACACUAAUAUGUUGAAAAAUGGAGACUUCGAGGAAGGUCCUUUUGUGCUACCUAAGACCGAUGUCGGUGGUGUUUUAAUCCCUCCAAAUAUCGAGGAUGACCAUUCCCCACUCCCCGGUUGGAUGAUAGAAUCCUUAAAAGCCGUGAAGUAUUUAGACUCCGAACACUUCGCCAUCCCUAAGGGCAAAAGAGCCGUAGAGUUAAUAGCUGGAAAAGAAAGUGCGAUUGCCCAGGUAGUUAAGACUGUUGCGGGUAAAGUAUACGCACUCUCUUUUGUUGUUGGGGAUGCCAACAACGCGUGUGAAGGCUCAAUGGUUGUUGAGGCAUUUGCAGGUAAAAACACGCUUAGGGUACCUUACGAAUCAAAAGGCAAGGGUGGGUACAAACAAGCGGUUCUUAAGUUUAGAGCCGUGACUACACGUACCAGAGUCAGGUUUUUGAGUACGUUUUAUCAGAUGAAGACUGACGGGUCUCUCUGUGGUCCAAUUAUCGAUGAUGUUAGAUUGAUUGGCGUCCGAUAUGCUAAACACGCUUGAUUUGUUUUACUUCUUUUGAAGAAUCGGGAAACUGUUGCAUGAGGAUGUUUUAUCGUCGCCUAUGGUGUUUAUUUAGCAUGUUCUGUUAUUAUAGUAAUGUGAUGUUGAUUUCUGUUGUGUAUUAGAGAAAAAAACAUGUUUUAAAGUAAAAUUUCGUAUUAUAAUAUUUUUAAUCAUCAAAAUUCAA